AUGUCGCAACUCAAGAAUUACACUUACGAAGGCGUCGGCGAGUUUCUUACCAACUUCCUCAACUACGCCCAAGCUGUCCGUGUCGGCGAUCAACUCCAGCUCAGUGGUCAAGGCGGCUGCUUCAUCAAAGAUGGCGACCUCGUCUUCGCAGAGACUCAACUUGAGCAAAUCGACCUGGCUUUCGAGAAUGUGGACAAGGCGCUAAAGGCAGCUGGUGGAAAGGGCUGGGAGCAGGUCUUCAGAGUGAACUCGUACCACACAGAAAUUACACCUGAAGUCGGGCAGAGAAUGGCAGAGAAUUACAAGAAGUGGAUGCCGAAUCAUAAGGUCAUUUGGACGCAGAUUGGAGUGAGGCAGCUUGGUGUUCCGACGAUGUAUUGUGAGAUUGAAGUGUCAGCUUAUAACCCGGAGGGGGCAGACAAGGAAUAA